GUUUUCUUAGGCUUUUUCACGAACGUUGUUAGCGGUGAUUUGUCGAUGGAGAAAUCGCCAUUGCCUGAAGCGUUCCUUAGCUUUCUUGAAGAAAAUGGAAUCGACCCUUCAAUUUACACAGCCUCUGAUUCAACCCCUCGUUACCUAAGGUUGAAACCAGGAAGUGAAGGUGAACUUGAAGAAAUUGAAGCUGAAAUAAAUUGUAAGCUUGAGAAAGUGAAUUGGUUACCUGAUUUUUAUUCUCUUCCACCUGAUGUUCUGAUUAACAAUUCAAAGUCAUACCUGGAUGGAAAGAUCUAUGGAAUCGAUGCUGCUUCUGGAGCUGCUGUCUCAGUUUUGAAAAUAUCUCCAGGGGAUCAUGUUCUUGAUCUCUGUGCUGCUCCCGGUGCUAAACUUUGCAUGAUGUGUGAUCUUCUUGGUGAUUCGGGUUCCGUAACCGGUGUUGAUGUUGCAAGACAUCGUUUAGCAGCUUGUAGAACAAUGCUGCAAAAAUAUUCCUUGGGUGAUCGGUGCCGGUUAUUUGUUGCUGAUGGGACAACAUUUUCUCUUGCUCCUGUGAGGGUUGAGUCCGUUUCUAGAUCAUGUGAAUCUGCAUUCGGGGGAAAGGAUGAAAGAUUUAGGGAGUGGACUUCUAGGAGACCAUGGAAAGAAAGGAAAAGAGCAGCUAAAGCAAGGGAAGCCAAGUCUUUACAAUUGGUUUCAUCGAGUGAAAACCCUGAACUUAUCUUUUAUGGACGGCAUUCAGGAGUAAUUGGACUCGGUAAAAAUGAACUAUACAUAACCAUGACUGAUCUUGAAGUUUCAUACUCCGGUUAUGACAAGGUGCUUGUGGAUGCAGAAUGCACUCACGAUGGAUCGGUUAAACACAUCCAGAAGUUUGAACAUUGGGGAUGGAAAACUCUUCAACGCCGGGUGUUGGAUGCAGAAAGAACAGAUAGCUUAACUGUACUUCAGUUAAAACUUCUAAGGAAUGGUUUUAGAUUGCUGAAAGUUGGGGGAUUGCUUGUUUACAGCACUUGCAGUUUGACGGUAGCUCAGAAUGAAGACAUAGUAGAGCAGUUCCUAAAGGAAAAUGCUUCCGCAGAACUGCAGGAAAUAGAGGAAGCGGAAGAGUGGCCCUGUAAGAGUGGGAGGAUACCAAAGACCUUGCGAUUUGAUCCCUUGACAUCACAAACCAGUGGACUUUUUGUUGCCAAGUUCUCAAAACUAGCCACUUAAUCAACGUUGGUUCUUGGUCACCUUUGCUUUAUACAUAAUGGAAUGCAGAGAAUUGUCUCUUCAUUGUAUCUCUGCUGCUGCCGGUACCGGACCCUUCAUAAAAAACGGAUUGGUUUGUGGUGGGAGACAUCAUUCAUUCACAGAUCACAUCUUGAUCAUUACAAAAUUUUGUAGUUUUCGUAGUUGGUUAUAAUUUGGUACAGAAACUUAUUUUGAAGUGAGCAAAUGCUACUUUUCCUAGCAAGUACUAUGUCAUCAAUGACGUGACGUGGCUCUACUCAGUAUCAACAAUCCAUGUAUUCAAAUUCAAAACCUUUUUAGGAACACUUCAAACUUGGCCUCAGCAUUUCUGGAUUAAACAAAUGAAAGCGACCCUUCGUGUUUUCAAGGGUUUAUUAGCUUUUGCCUCUUCAUCCUAUCAUGUCCCAAACCCAUGGAUAAGAUUAUGACCAUGGCCUGGGCUCUUGGGUGCGACUGCCACCAUUUUUUUAUCCUUACAAAUUGAGAAAAUGAUUCGAGUUCCAU